GCGUAGAAGCAAAUAUCGCCGAAUGUGCACCGUUGCUUUCAAACACGUCAUAUGUUCAAAGUAACCGUGCCAAAUUCGUAACAACAAUCAAACAAAUAAAUCAUCUUUGCCAUCUCCGCCUAUCUCUCCUCUGAAUUCAUCUUCUCUCCCUCUCUCUGCUUAAGAUUUUCCCGUACUUUCUUGUCAUUUCACUCGAUUUCUUCCCUGCAAUAGCAAUCCCUUCUCUCAUCAUCUCCGCCUGAAGCAUAUUCUCUCAAUCAACGACACCCAUAUCAGGAAUCCCCUUCUGGGUCUUCUUCGCCGGCGAUCUUAUCCCAUUUCUGAGAGAGGAUGGGUAAGAAUCGACAAGUUUGUGAGGAUUCAAGGGUGGGUUCUGAAUCGGAUGAGAGUUUAUUGAAGGAAGGGAAGGGGAAGAGAUUGUGGAAGAAGGUGAAGUACCAGCUGGUGGAGUACCACUCAUUGCCUGCUUUUUUGAGGGACAAUGAGUUCAUUCUUGGUCAUUAUCGCUCUGAAUGGCCAUUAAAGCAAGUUUUUCUGAGCAUCUUCACCAUUCAUAAUGAAACCCUCAAUGUCUGGACGCAUUUGAUUGGUUUCUUCCUUUUUCUGGCCUUGACGAUAUACACAGCAAUGAAGGUUCCAAAGGUUGUGGAUCUUCACACUCUACCACAUUUCGCUGAUGUGCUGAAAAAAGCUGAUCUGCACAAACUUCAUGCAGAACUUUUGGCUUGCCUGCCUUCCUUACCCAACAUGCCUGAUUUGAACAGACUUCGUGAGGAGCUAACUAAUGCAUUUGCUUCGAUGGAUUUGCUACGAUCACCAUCAACUUGGCAUAUUGUAGAACUCCUCACUAAUUGUUUGCCUGAGCGAUUGUUUCAUGGCAACCACACUGAUGUUAGUGUUCUGCAUAGCAUGAAGGAGGACGUGGUGAGCAUGAUAGCACCCUUGAUGCUGAGGCCGAUCACGCGGUGGCCAUUCUACGCCUUCUUAGGUGGGGCCAUGUUUUGCUUGCUAGCCAGCAGCACAUGCCACUUACUCUCUUGCCACUCUGAGCGAUUAUCAUACAUCAUGCUUAGGUUCGAUUACGCCGGGAUUGCAGCUCUCAUCGCAACCUCCUUCUACCCUCCUGUCUACUACUCAUUCAUGUGCAAUCCCUUCUUCUGCAAUCUCUACCUAGGAUUCAUAACCAUCUUGGGAAUUGGCACAAUCUUGGUCUCUCUCCUCCCGGUCUUCCAAAAACCCGAAUACCGUAAAAUUCGUGCAUCCCUAUUUUUUGGGAUGGGAAUGUCGGGGGUGGCCCCAAUUUUCCACAAGCUGAUCUUGUUCAGGAACCGGCCCGAGGCACUGUACACGACUGGGUAUGAGAUCUUGAUGGGGGUGUUUUAUGGAAUUGGUGCACUGAUUUAUGCGACGAGGAUUCCGGAGCGAUGGAUGCCUGGGAAGUUCGACAUCGCGGGGCACAGCCACCAGCUUUUUCAUGUGCUGGUGGUGGCAGGGGCCUACACGCAUUACUGUGCUGGGUUAGUUUACCUCAGGUGGAGGGACUUGGAGGGUUGUUGAAAAAGUUUGUUGGAGAGAGUAUAUGAACCAGUGGGUUAGAUCUUUGUUUGUUGGUUGGGUUAAUAGGGUGAGUAAUUAGCUGUAUAUAUAAAUGCAGUGGGUGGUGAGGGAGGAGCUACCCCUGCUGUUACAGUCUAAGCUUCUUCAUUAAUGGAAGGUCGAAAUUCUGUUGACUUUAACCAUUUACAAAAUAAUAAAACUGUUCUGUUCUUGGAUGCAGAUGAGAUGGUCGGCUGUAAUUGGACUGGUGUUUGUAUUUAUUUUUCUGGGUUGGUUUAGCUGAUGUUAUGAGCAACAAUCAAGCAAGUUUACUGUUGUUAA